AUAAUUGGUGAGCCCGUUUCGAACCCUUUUUUAUGGUUAACCCGUUUUCGAACCUUUUUGUUUCGAUAGUUACCUCGUUUUGAACAUUUUUGUUGCUAUUUUGUCCUUAUAAACUCGCACUGCUUUAAUUUUUGUUACCACAAGUUUUUCUAUUUUGUAUAUCUAUAUACUUACAUAUUAUAUGACAAUGGCUCCACCUAAACGUACCACUGUUGCUGAAGAAGGUAAUAAAGGCGAAGAGACACAGAACUCUGCUGUUAACGCCUUGCCGGAUUUAAGACUACCUCAAUUUGAUCUGGCUGAACCACGUGUCUGGUUCACAGUCAUUGAACAGUUGUUUGCAGCUCGAGGUAUUACGUCGCAGAUCGCCAUGUAUGGUUGCGUAUUAGCAGCAAUUCCCACGGAAGUACUACGAGAGGUUAUCGAUGUCAUAGACAGCAAACCUACAGACUCUCAAUAUGACAAACUAAAAGCUGCACUCAUCCAGCGGACCACUCUCUCCGAUGAGAAACGCAUACAACAACUACUUACUUCGUGUGAUCUAGGUACAAAAAAGCCAUCUCAACUACUUAGACAUAUGCGCCAGUUGAUUGGGUCACACAAAGUAGAUGAGUUAAUUCUACGUCAGAUGUUCUUACAACGUUUACCACAAAAUGUUCAACAAAUCCUAACAAUAUCUUCUAGGACGACAGACCUUGAAGAAUUAGCUAAAAUGGCAGACGAUAUCAUGGAUGUGUUAUCAAAUAAUGGCAUAAAUAGCGUGUCUACCGAGGCAGUACCACCAAGCCCUUCCACAUCUAUGAAGGACGCACCAAUGUUUUGGUUACUUUCCCAGUUAACAUCUCAAAUGCAAGAUUUACGACUGGAAGUGUCCGAGCUUCGAGCACAAAGGAACCAGUCACAUACGGUAUCCAAGCAACGGCGAUCAAGAUCUAGACGACGUUCUAGAACACCGUCUCAAAGCCGUAACAUUUGUUGGUAUCAUAGGAGGUAUGGGCAUAAUGCCCUGAAGUGUAUUCGACCGUGUAUGUACAACAGUAGUAACUCAUCUCAGGGAAACUCCCCAGCCAGACAGUAAUGGCGACGGCUGUUAAUGGCAAUCACCCCAGUCGCCUUUUCUAUGUGAGGGAUUUGACUACCGGCACAUUAUUCUUGGUAGAUACAGGCGCCGAGGUCAGUGUUAUUCCCCCCUCACUAUCCAGGCGAUCAGCCAAAAUACCUGGAAAACUUUCACUUCGUGCUGCCAACCAAACCAACAUACAGACGUAUGGCGAACAGUCAAUGAUUUUAAAUUUAGGACUACGCCGACGUUUCACAUGGAUCUUCAUAGUAGCUGACGUACGUCACGCUAUACUAGGUGCAGACUUCCUAAGUCACUUCAAUCUGUUAGUUGAUAUCAGCAAGAAAAAACUGGUUGACAAUUGCACCCAACUCAAGAUCCACGGUAUUACAUGUGACUACUCGGUUCAUAGCAUCUGUAUAGAAAAGCCGGAGAGUGAAAUGUUCUCUGCUUUAUUGAAACGAUUUCCUAAAAUCCUUAAACCAUCAUACAACUUUGAAGAUAUAUCUCAUACAGUUACGCAUAAGAUCAUCACAACAGGACAACCUGUGAAGGCACGUCCACGACGGUUACCACCCGAUAAACUAGCAGCAGCUAAGUCGGAAUUUGAACAUAUGAUGCAGUUAGGUAUCAUACGACCAUCUAACAGCCCAUGGUCUUCACCUCUGCACAUGGUACCUAAAACUAAUCAUGACUGGCGACCAUGUGGAGAUUAUCGCGCUUUGAAUAACGCUACGGUCCCAGAUCGUUAUCCUAUACCUCAUCUCCACGACUUCUCCUUGACCUUACAUGGAAAGACCGUUUUUACCAAAGUUGACUUGGUCAGGGCAUAUCAUCAAAUACCAGUCGCUCCAGAAGACAUUGCAAAAACAGCAAUUAUUACGCCUUUUGGAUUAUUCGAAUUCUUGAGAAUGCCUUUCGGACUAAAGAAUGCUGCUCAAACAUUUCAGCGUUUUAUGGACCAAGUUACCCAAGGUCUUGAUUUCGUCUUUGUAUAUAUCGACGAUGUCUUAAUUGCCAGCUCAUCGAUGGAAGAACAUAUGCAACACUUAAGCCUGUUAUUUCAAAGGUUUGAACAAUUUGGAGUUGUUAUCAAUCCAAAGAAAUGUAUUUUUGGUUCCCCUUCCAUUGAAUUCUUAGGACAUCGAAUAACUGCCGAAGGCAUCAGACCUACCGAAGAUAAGAUAGAAACUAUUAAGAACUUUCCCGAACCUGAUUCCUUAAAGAAACUUAGACGUUUUCUCGGGAUGUUCAACUUCUACCGACGUUUUAUUCCAUCAUGUGCCUCCAUAGUUCAGCCACUGACCGACCUACUUAGAUGCAAUUCGAAGAAAUUUCAGUGGUCUGAAGAAGCAAAAGCAGCAUUUAAUAAUGCAAAAGAUGCCUUAUCCAACGUUGUAAUGUUAUCUCAUAUCAACCCAGAAGCUUCACUCAUUUUAUGUACAGAUGCAUCGCAGGUAGCAGUGGGAGCAGUUUUACAACAAAAGUUCAAUAAUGACAUCACUCCACUUGCUUUCUUCUCCAAAAAGUUGGAACCUGCGCAAACUCGUUACAGUACCUUUGGCAGAGAACUGUUAGCCAUCUACCUAGCAGUGAAACAUUUCAGCUUCUUACUACAAGGUCGACAUUUUACUAUCUUAACCGACCAUAAGCCUCUUUGUUAUGCUUUCACCACUUCGUUGGACAGACACUCUCCGAGAGAAGCCAGACAACUGGAUUACAUCUCACAAUUCUCAACAGACAUCCAGUUCAUCAAAGGAGAUUCUAAUAUCGUAGCCGAUUCUUUGUCUCGAUGUGACGUUAAUCACCUAUCUUCGAUAGAUAUUAGCUUAGACAAUAUUGCCAAGCUGCAGAAAAAUGACGCCGAACUCCAUACUUGUAGACGAAACUCCUCCCUACAGUUGCAGGAUGUACCUAUUCCCCUGUCUGAUACAACUAUCGUCUGCGACGUUUCAACGGGAGUUCAUAGACCUUUUGUUCCACUAAGUUGUCGAAAAACUUUGUUUGAACAUCUACAUUCAUUGUCUCAUCCUGGAGUGCGUGCUACAGUCAAGUUGAUCAGCGAGCGUUUUGUUUGGCCCAAGAUGAACUCCGAUAUUCGGAAAUGGGCCCGCCAAUGCUUGCAAUGUCAAAGAUCCAAGGUACAUCAUCACACCGUCACACCUCCAAAACAGUUCAAUUUACCCGAUAAACGAUUUCAACACGUUCAUAUAGAUGUUGUUGGACCAUUACCGCCAUCCAGAGGAUUUACUCAUAUACUUACUGCGAUUGAUCGAUUUACCCGAUGGGCUAUUGCUUGUCCACUCAACGAUAUAUCUGCAGAAAAUAUCGCUUUGGUUUUCUUAGAUCGCUGGGUGUCAAACUAUGGAGUACCCACAACUAUUACAACAGACCGAGGAGCUCAAUUUCAAUCAACUCUGUUUCGAGAGUUUACGAGACUCCUUGGAGUGAACCAUAUCUCCACUACAGCUUAUCAUCCUGCAGCGAAUGGUCUGGUGGAACGUUUCCAUCGACAACUGAAAAGCUCGCUUAUGGCACAAGCUGACUCAUCUAAGUGGAGUGAACACCUACCAUUAGUUCUUCUCAGUAUCCGAUCAACUGUAAAAGAAGAUUUGGGAUGUACACCAGCUCAACUUGUGUAUGGUACUACCCUCACAUUGCCUGGUCAGUUAGUUCCGUCUAAUGAUUCAACUGAAGUAAAUAUCUCCGACUUCACCAACCGCCUUACCCAGCAUAUGCUUCAGCUUAGACCAGUAGCCCCUCGCCAAUCACUUCAGAAAGCUCAAGUAAAUAAGAACCUACUCACUAGCAAAUUUGUAUUUGUUCGCGUCGAUGCCAUUAGAAAAGGUCUACAACAUCCAUAUGAAGGUCCUUUUCUAGUACUUAAACGCACCGAAAAAUACUUCACGCUGAACAAACAUGGUAAACCGGAGACUGUUUCUAUCGACCGUCUUAAACCAGCGUACACCGACAGCGAACAUGAAACACUAGCAACGCCGACACCAAUAAACAAUCAGCAAGUCAAUGCAACUCCAACUCUCCCGCUCUUCACUCUUCCCCCUGUACAGACACGCAGUGGGCGGCAGAUCUGUAAACCUGCCCGCUAUGUUCAUUUCAUUGACUGACAUAAACGUUAACCUCAUUUAGACAUACUUCUCAUUACUAUUGUUGUUAACAUUCACUUCAUUAUAACCAUUAAUAUUUAUUAGUAUUAUUAUUUGCUGUUCGUCAACUGUACUGCAAGCACACGCAUUCACCAAGUAUAUGUAUAUAUCUAUUUAUAUAUGAAUUUCACAAAUGUUAACGAACAUGUCAUGGUUUAUUAUGUACAUAAAUUUUUAUUUAAAAUUAUAACAAGUUUUGAUUUUUUUUAAAUUCCUGUAUGUGCUUGUAUGUGCUAAACUUUAUACGACACGGAUGCAUGCCAUACAUCCUGAUCUAACUUUGUAUCCUUAUUGUUGUUGUUAUUUUUUGUUAUCCAUAUUGUUGACAUUAUCCCUUAUUUAUGUUGCUUAUAUUCAUGUAAUCGUCCACGAGGGCAGUACUGAUGGUCCUCCGGACCUCUAAGAGGGGGAGCCCUGUGGAGUCCUCAAAAAUCAACUUAUCCAAAUUUUACUACUAUGUAAAUAAUGAACAUAUUGUACACCACUUUGUUUUAACCAGAAACUCUGUACUUUGACUUUACCUCGGGUUUUGAAUAAAUAUAUAGUUGUGCCUUCGACUCUCCGUCUUCUCCACCAUCUCAACUGCCGUCGAUCAAUCCUAAUCACCUGCUUUCUAUCUCUGAUUUUUGCAGGAGCACCGUAGUUUCUUCCUACGUACUUUGGUCGACCUCCGGCAACGUUAACAUUGGAGAAUUACUACUGGAGCAGUCUUUCCGCAGCACCUGGAGUCUAUUACGUUUAUUGUGGACUGUGGACCUUUGUAAACUCAAGUAAUCAAACUUUAAUACAUUCUUCCCGUAACUAAACUCAUUUGGUAUUUUAUUUUCUACUUGAAUUUGGGUAACUAAGCUAAUAGAGUGAAAAGGUCCACCACAAUAAUUGGUGAGCCCGUUUCGAACCCUUUUUUAUGGUUAACCCGUUUUCGAACCUUUUUGUUUCGAUAGUUACCUCGUUUUGAACAUUUUUGUUGCUAUUUUGUCCUUAUAAACUCGCACUGCUUUAAUUUUUGUUACCACAAGUUUUUCUAUUUUGUAUAUCUCUAUACUUAUAUAUUAUAUGACAAUGGCUCCACCUAAACGUACCACUGUUGCUGAAGAAGGUAAUAAAGGCGAAGAGACACAGAACUCUGCUGUUAACGCCUUGCCGGAUUUAAGACUACCUCAAUUUGAUCUGGCUGAACCACGUGUCUGGUUCACAGUCAUUGAACAGUUGUUUGCAGCUCGAGGUAUUACGUCGCAGAUCGCCAUGUAUGGUUGCGUAUUAGCAGCAAUUCCCACGGAAGUACUACGAGAGGUUAUCGAUGUCAUAGACAGCAAACCUACAGACUCUCAAUAUGACAAACUAAAAGCUGCACUCAUCCAGCGGACCACUCUCUCCGAUGAGAAACGCAUACAACAACUACUUACUUCGUGUGAUCUAGGUACAAAAAAGCCAUCUCAACUACUUAGACAUAUGCGCCAGUUGAUUGGGUCACACAAAGUAGAUGAGUUAAUUCUACGUCAGAUGUUCUUACAACGUUUACCACAAAAUGUUCAACAAAUCCUAACAAUAUCUUC